UGCAAACAAACCAAGCUGUCUGCCGAUUUGUAGGCCUCCUGGCCGGGCACUUAAAAAUCUUUAUUUCCCAUUUUACCCUCUCUCGUACUCUGUUUUUUCCUGUUAAAAAAAUAAAAAGAUCCUGCGAUACUAAGGAUGAAUUAAGCCGCUAACCUCUUUGUACAAGACGCUCUGAAAAAUUAAAAUUAAAAAAGGAAAAUAAAACCUAGCUUGGUGAGACCUGGGGCUAGUUUAGGCAUUCAAAUUGCUAUGUGUCGGCGGUCAUUAACAUCCUCUAAAUAAAGCCAUCGUCGGCGAGGAAGAGUAUUGAGAGAUGUACAAAGAGCGAGUCGGUGGCUCCAAAUCAGAGGUUGUAAGUUCAGUCGAUCGGAAGCGGAUUAACGACGCAUUAGACAAGCAGCUCGAAAGAUCUUCUCCAUCCACUUCGAGAGGCACGAUCAACGGCAAUGAUUUGUCCGUUUUGAUGGGGAAGCAUCCAGCUGAUCAUCACCGAGAAGCUCUUGCCGCUUCGCUCUUCAAAAACAACGCCUCUGAUGAGGAAUCGGAAACCGACACUGAAGAGUCUGAUGUCAGUGGCUCUGAUGGGGAGGAUACAUCUUGGAUCUCAUGGUUUUGCAAUCUUCGAGGAAAUGAGUUAUUUUGUGAAGUGGAUGAUGAUUAUCUACAAGAUGAUUUUAACCUCUGUGGUUUAAGCAGCCAAGUUCCUUAUUAUGAUUAUGCACUUGAUUUAAUUUUGGAUGUCGAGUCCUCUCAUGGUGAUAUGUUUACAGAGGAACAAAAUGAAAUGGUUGAAUCUGCAGCAGAAAUGCUUUAUGGCCUAAUUCAUGCCCGAUACAUACUGACUAGCAAAGGAAUGGCUGCUAUGUUAGACAAGUACAAGAACUAUGAAUUUGGAAGAUGCCCAAGAGUCUAUUGUUGUGGACAACCCUGUCUCCCUCUUGGUCAAUCAGACAUUCCUCAUUCAGGCAGUGUGAAAAUAUAUUGCCCCAGAUGUGAAGAUGCUUACUACCCCCGAUCAAAGUAUCAAGGUAACAUUGAUGGAGCAUAUUUUGGAACCACAUUCCCACACCUGUUUCUGAUGACUUAUGGGCACCUGAAGCCACAGAAGGCAGCACAGAGCUAUGUUCCAAGAGUAUUUGGGUUCAAGAUCCACAAACCAUGAUGCUGGAAUAGGAAGCUUGUUUGGUUUGCUAUGCGAAACAGCUGGUGAUGGGUUUGUACUGGUGGCAGGCAUGGAGCCAUUCCAUUUGAAUUUGUAAGUUUGUGGAUGGACGCCCCGAAUAAACGAACACAUCCACUGUCCACACGGAACUGGAUUGCCAUUUAAACAAGUGUUCAUCAUAGGUCUGGAGUAGAAUGCUGGGAUCCUCUCAAAGCCUUUGUCCUGAUUCUCAUUCAUUAUCCUAUGUGAAGCAUUUUGCCUACGGUGUAAAAAGCAUUGUCCUGAUUUUCAUUCAAGAUCCACAAGGCCUUUUUGAAGUUUAUUCUGUACAAUUUGAAAACCACCUUCCGAUGCAUUAUUAUUAAGAAGCUGAAAAGCAAAAAUUAAAUUCUAAUUCCAGGACCCAGAUGUUGUUGUCUCUGGUUUUGAUGUCCUGGGAAUUGGGUUAAUGGUUGAAAUAGCAAUAUUUGGAGGUAUAUCUGAUUUUAUAAUGAAAGUAUUAAACUUUGUUUUUCUUUAUUAAAUCAAAAUUUUCAAUUUCUUAUUGAA